GGUCACCUACAUGGAAGCUCCGAUGACUCUGAAGUGGAAGAUGAAGCCAAAGACACUCUUCCUUCUCAGAAGAAGCCAGUUUGGGUGGAUGAAGAUGAUGAAGAUGAGGAAAUAGUUGACAUGAUGAACAAUCGGUUUCGGAAAGAAAUCAUGAAAAAUGCCAGUGAAAGUAAACUUUCAAAAGAUAAGCUUCAAAAGAGACUUAAAGAGGAAUUCCAACAUGCAAUGGGAGGAGUACCUGAUUGGGCAGAGACUGGGAGGAAGCGGAGAAAAUCUUCAGAUGAUGAAAGUGAAGAGGAUGAAGAUGAUUUGUUGCAAAGGACUGGGAAUUUCAUAUCCACAUCUGCUUCUCUUCCAAGAGGAAUCUUGAAGAUGAAGAACUGCCGGCCUGCCAAUGCUGAACGGCCUACCACUGCUCGGAUCUCAUCAGUGCAGUUCCAUCCUGGUGCACAGGUGGUGAUGGUCUCUGGGAUAGAUAAUGCUAUCUCACUAUUUCAGGUUGAUGGCAAAACAAACCCUAAAAUCCAGAGCAUCUAUUUGGAAAAGUUUCCAAUCUUUAAGGCUUGUUUCAGUGCUAAUGGAGAAGAGCUUUUAGCCACAAGUAUUCGCAGCAAGGUUCUUUAUGUCUAUGAUAUGCUAGCUGGAAAGUUAACUCCUGUACAUCAAGUGAGAGGUUUGAAAGAGAAAAUAGUGAAGCGAUUUGAAGUCUCCCCAGAUGGAUCCUUCUUGCUCAUAAGUGGCAUUGCUGGGUUUUCUCAUUUGCUAUCAAUGAAGACCAAAGAACUGAUUGGUAGCAUGAAGAUUAAUGGAAGAAUUUCAGCAUCCACAUUCUCUUCCGAUAGUAAGCGGAUAUAUACGUCUUCUGGGAAUGGAGAAGUUUAUGUGUGGGAUGUGAAUUCAAGGAAGUGCAUUAACAGAUUUUUUGAUGAAGGCAGUUUGUAUGGAUUAAGCAUUGCUACGUCAAAGAAUGGGCAGUAUGUGGCUUGUGGUUCUAAGAGUGGAGUGGUAAACAUAUACAGUCAAGAUUCUUGCCUCCAACAAACAAACCCAAAGCCAAUAAAAGCUAUAAUGAACCUGGUCACUGGUGUUACUUCCUUGGCAUUCAAUCCCACUACAGAAAUAUUGGCAGUGGCUUCAAGAAAAAUGAAAGAAGCUGUCAGAUUGGUUCAUCUUCCUUCCUGUACAGUAUUUUCUAACUUUCCAGUUUUUAAAAAGAGUACUGUUUCUCGUGUUCAAACCAUGGAUUUUUCUCCCAGAAGUGGAUACUUCGCCUUGGGGAAUGAGCAGGGCAAGGCCCUGUUGUAUAGGUUACACCAUUACUCAGACUUCUAAAGAUGUUUUUCUUGAAAUUCAAUUGAACCCAUUUCAGUACAUCUUCCCAGAAAUUUUCAAAUGUGUAGGAUAAUAUAUAGAUAAUGACUUAUGGAACCUGUGCUUUAGUUAGUAGCAGUGUCUUGAUAAAUGUAUGGUAACUUUUGUUUGAAAAUAAAUGUACAUGAUUCUUUCUAAUCUCUGCGUAUGCACACACACAUAUGUAACUUGCAUGCAUUUCCUUUAAAAACUGAAUGUGAGAAAUUGGGAACAUCUGUCAGUAAUAAAAAAUAAUAUAGG